AUGCAGUACAACAAGAUGAGGGAGAUUCCAUAUGGUUUUUUCGAUAUGUUGAAGGAUAUACAGCGAGUGUAAGAUUUUGAUAAAAUUCAUUCGCAAAUUGUUAAUUUUUGAGCAAAGCUAUAUAUUCUGAGUAGACAACAUCUUUGAGAAAUUUAAAUUUUUGCAAAAAGAAUUGAAGACUUGGAUUCUUAAAAAAAUAUUUUGUAGAAGUCAAUGAAUAACUCCAGCCAUCAGCUACUGAUACAUUCUUAAAAGCAAGUUCUUGUCGACAAGAUCUGUGAAGUUUUAAUGAAAUAACUUCUCUCAGUGGAUGAUAUUUUACAAUUGCAGGAGUCUCGACACAAAUCUGAUGUGUUGUCAUAUGCACAAGGAGGACGCUGACUGUGCUUUCACGUACAACGACGACUUUGCCAACUGUGAGAGCAUGUUUAAGAAUUCUGCCCCAAGGAAGAGUAUCUGGGUGAUAGGAAUAUUUUCUCUGGUUGGUGCAGUGUUUGUUGUCACUUGGCGAGUGAUCUUUAAAGAAAAGAACGUGGUUCAGUCCAUCAUGUUGCUCCACUUAGCAGUGUCCGAUGGUUUGAUGGGUAUUUACCUGAUCUCUCUUGGCACUAAAGAUCUGUUGUGGAGAGGAGAGUAUUACUUGCAUGACUUCCAGUGGAGGUCUGGUUUGUCUUGUCAAAUAAUUGGAGCGAUCUCCCUUCUGUCAAGUGAGGUUUCGGUUAUGAUGAUGACACUGAUAUCUGCUGAUCGGCUUAAAAAUAUUGUGUUUCCUUACCAAGGUGCUUCUCUGAAACCAAAAGCAACACAUAUCCUGUGCAUCAUCAUAUGGGCAAUUGGCUUCCUUAUGGCCUUUUUGCCUAUGUUUGGUAUUCAGUAUUUUGAAGACCCAUUCAGGUACCAUAGUUACUAUGGUAGAAGUGUGGUAUGUCUACCCUUGCAGCUUACUUCUGAUAAGCCGGCAGGUUGGGAGUAUUCUGUUGCUAUCUUUCUCGCUUUGAAUUUUUCUUUUUUCUUGUUCAUCAUGGGUGCUUAUCUCAUGAUACUAGUCAAGUCUUACUUGUCUAGCCGGCGACUGGCCCGUCAGGGUACUGAAAGAGAGAUCCAGGCCAGAAGAGCAAACUUUAGGAGGAAACGGCUCUUGCAAGGCGGGUGUUCUUCAUCAUCCUGA